UGCGGUUUGUUUACAAGAGAGAAUCUUCUGUUCCGCAACAUUUACAUAUUUUUGCCAAAUUAUUUAGUUAUCGGACAAAAUAUUUUAGUGUUGAAUUUGAAAUGAAAGUCAGCUAGUUAUCUUAUACAUUUUUAUGAUGGAUCAAGCAAGUGUUAGACGAGCUGUGCUUAAGUUUUUCCAGGACAACCAUUUGAGCUGCAAACAAGACUGGCUCGACUCCUGUUUGGAAUAUUUUAUUUCUAACAAUCAGCAGGUUAAGUUUGAAGAAGCAAAGGAGUUUGCACUUGAACAAUGGAAACUUGGAAACCUUAGAGAAAUUGGAGAGCCCACUUUGCCACAAAACAAUCUGCGAGCAGUGAAAGUCACCGAGCUUAAGGGGAUUUUCGCAGUGCAGGUUGAGAAAUUCUGGGACAAGGCUAACUCCAGUUACAACCAGUACAGGAACUACAAAGGAGAGCUGAGCGAAGAAACAAAUAAUGACGAGACCAACGAAGGAGAAGUUGACGUCUCUGAUUGGGGCAAAGGUCCUGGUGCUGGAGAAACAAAGCGAGCGCUGAAGCCACGAAGGUUGCUGAUGGAAAUCUGCGAUGGAAAAACAGAGCUGAAGGCCUUAGAGUGGAAACCGAUUCAAGAACUGUCAGGAAUGGUGUAUCCAGGAGCAAAAAUGGUUAUCAAAGGACCUGUUGUUUGUCGAAAUGGCAUUUUGAUGCUUUGUCCGGAACAUGUGAAACUGUACGGUGGAGAGGUGGAUGACCUAAUUUUUACAAAUGCAAUGGAGAAUCUAAUAGCAGAUUCUUUGGGACUCCCUCUCAACAAUGAUCCGUACACUGGAAAAACGAGCACCCUACCUCCACCUCGGAAACCACAACCUCAAAAACCAGUCUUUCGAAAUCAACCAGCAAGCAGCACAUUCCAGGCAGCAAAUAAUGGAAACCGAUUCCAGCAGAAAUUUGAAACCACAACACAAAAUAAGACGAGCACUCAGAAAAACACAAAUCACACAGGCAGCAACUUGUUUAGUCGACCUUCAAAUUUUGGGAUCAUCUCCCCAAUGGACAAUAAAAGAAGAAAAAACUUUUUCGAUGAUCCUAAUUUCAGCGGCCAAUCCUCUUUAGGCUCAAAAUUUAGCUCGCCUCUGUUAAAAAAGACUGAAGUUCCAUCAAAUUCUACUUGGGAAGAUGAUUUGGACGAUUUUGAGCUGAGUGCUGAAGAUUUGGCACAGUUGGAGUCAUUCGAAAAGCAGCAAUCACAAAAGGUGACCAGGAAGCGGCAGACACCAAGUCCAGUGGCUGACUUUGAUUUUGAGGACGAUGCUAUGGAAGAAAUUCAAAGACUAGAACAAAAAGCCAGAGCAUCGAAAAGGCCACACUUGGAACCUCCAUCAAAUUCCCAGCCUCUUGCCAGGAUAAGGCCAAUUGUGAAGAAUGAAAGGAGGGAAGAGCCUAUUGAAGAUCAGGUGCCUCCAAAACGUCCUCUAGUAAAAACUCCCAAUUUGAAGACUUUCUUGAGCAGAACAGUUACUGCAAAGAAAAUGAUUCCUCCAGAGAAAAUCAUUCCUCCGAAGCAGCCGACCAAAAUCAAAGUGAGCACCAGACCUUUCAUAUACCUCAAGCAGCUGCAGGGGAAGUGGCGGAAGAGAGCAACCAUCAAAGCAACAAUCAUUUCACUUUUGAAGAAAUUGAGCACUACCAAUCAACGGUGGAGCCUCACUGCGAGGAUAACCGAUUCCACAGCUUUUUUGGAUGUUGAUUUUGGGAACAGAAUUUUAGAAAAAAUGAUGGGAAUCAAGUGCAAAGACUUUUUGAGAUCAAAGCUUGAUAGGGAAAGAAAGACGAAGCUUGUCGGUGCCCUGAAGUCCAAGCUGAUUGACUGUGAUUGCUUGAUGGUCUUGAAGUUCCAAGACAACAAGCUGCCCAAAGUGAUCAAAUUAAAAAAGGUUGGGCACAAGCAUGUGUUAGAAUUCAAGACCCGACAGCGGACCCUUGAUCGAUCGAACUGACUUUUAAGACAUGAACCGUUUUACUUCUACAUUUGAGGUUCCAUUUUAAAUAAAUUACUAGUUUUUCACA